AUGAGUACUCAUAGCCCUAAGAAGAACGAAUCACCAAUUCAACCCUCCGACGCGAAACGAACCUGCCGAAGCAGUAUCUUACCACCAGGAAGGAACGGAAGGUAUGAUAUCCAGACACUGCUCAAUAUUGGGCGGCAGCUGGAGCCCAGGAAACCCCUUGCCAUUCGGACUGGAUUUCGUGAUGUACAAGGGUCAGGACGAGGUACGCACCUUGGAAGCCGUGUUCUGAGAGAGAAGUCUAUGAAUCAUCAACGCAAUUCUUCCACUCUAUCCGGCGGCACCGAUGAUGGCCGUGAGAACCUCAACCACCCCCGUCGGCAACCCGUCAAUGCUCCACAGGGCACCCUUGCCCAGAGUCAUGCCGGCUUUGCAAGGUUUCUUAAAGAGCACUCUUCACCAAAACAUCACAGGGUUACUGCUGGAGGUCGUAUAGUUCCGAUGAGUUUUCACGCUCCUGCCCCUGAGUUUAAAUUAUUCAUAAAUGGGGUUGCUGGGAGUUGUUUAGAGGACCACGAACUCCCUUCGAUGAACGAACCCUUACAGCACAUCUCAAACCCCGAGGCUCAUCAUAAAAAUGCGAUUUUACGCCAGCAGCGAUCUCCAUUUGCCCCAAAGAGCAAAGCAAUUCCUAUCAAAGCACCACCCCCUAACUUUGAAAAAACCUACUCCCUGGCACACCCCAAGAAUUCCCCCGUUACCGAUGGGCAAACUACAGCUACAACACACUCGGUUACAUCCAUAUCCAAAUCAACAAAUCAGAAUUUCAGGGUCCCAAGCGCCUCCAAUGUUAACAACUCUCAAAAGCCAGGGACAACACCAUUUAGCACUAUAUCUAAGCGUCCUACUAAUUUAAUGCCAGAUGGGGAUAAUGAGCGUUUUGAGUUGUACGCAUCAAAUUCACAAGCUCAACCCUCCUUGGACCUUGGAAAUCGCCUGCUUACCGAAAAUAUGCAACAGAAUUUUCAAGUUCCUCAAAUGCCCCAGACUAACAACAUGGUCGGGAUAUACCAGAUGGGAUCUAGUGUCCCCAUUGCUCAGCCUUCGCAGUUUCCUCCAAUGGGCAAUGGCCUUGCUGGAAAUCCAUAUUUAGGCUACCCACCCAUUCCGACUACAGUUAGUACUGGUCAGGAUUCGGGUGCAAGGCUUCUCCUUGAAUCGGCCGUCCAAGAUUAUGACAGUGUUUCUAACCAGCUCUCAAAUCUAGAUAGAUACAUGGCCUUACAUACCUGGGAUAUAGACCCUACAACCAAAAAGUUACUUGUGGAACAGCGAGUUGAGCUAGUUAGAAAGUUAGAUUCUGCUAGGGUAUAUAAAGAGCAUUUGGAAAGUACUUUCCAGCACUCUAGGCUUGAAGGAAUGACAGCAAAUUUAUUAUCGGACUUCUCCUUCACAACAAAUUCGAGUCAAACUUGCCAGAUUCCACUCACAAAUGCGUUCACAAAUCUUCAGCUAGCAACUAAUAACCCCGGUAUUUUCCAAGCUGGCGGAUAUUUCCAACCUGGAUUAAAUGCCACCCCUAACGUUUCCCCAGUAACUAAUGGCAACAUAUUCUCUAUGGAUCUUUUACACCCAACACAUGCUGCUCGGAAAGUUCCGGCUGCACAAUAUAUUCAACCAGACGCAUUUAAUAAUAACUGUGAAAGUGCUCGAAUUCCGGCGGACCUCAACUUGGCCAUGACUGCGGCUUCGAAUUGGAAUAUGGCGACUGAUGUCGCCAGAGGCAAUUAUUUGCAUUCUCCAUAUGACCCUUUGAAUACGGUAGGGGGAGGCAUGUUGCCGUUUGAACGAAAACAUUCUUACGAAAAAUCAUCCACGCCUUUGGUUGACCUCGAUGCAAUCUAUUAUAGAAUCGAGGAGGCAAUCAAACGCAAGGAGCCUCUUGAGCCGUACUUCAAAGAACUAGGGAAGUUAACAGGGCUAACACACGGGCCAAGACACCCUUCUCGCUCUCAUAACUUGUCGCAGGACUUCAAUAAUUCCUGGGGCUCAACUGGUAUGGUGAAAGAUGGUCCCGGUCUCAAAUCUGGGCAAGCGUCGCAGCUUCAAAUGGUAGAGGAGCCACAAAUGAAAUCCCCCCACUCGCAGGGUAAAGCCAGUAGCACAAGGCAGGCCAGACAGCACGUUUCAGGGCCUCAAGCUAAAGGGUGCACUUGCGCGAAGGCGCGAGAGCGCUUUAGCAAAGAUAGCAACAACAUGGAUUCAACACACCAAACCGAUAGUCAGCAUAAGACGGGAGCCAUACUCUCCUCCUUUGUACAAGAUGGGACAAUCGCUCAAUGCAAAAAGAAGUGUGAAGAGACUGUUGGAAAAAAAGGAAACGCACUUAAGAGUUUUCCAACUUUUGAUGGCUCUGGAGAGGUAGAUACUCACAGUCAACAAGCAACCAGCACCUCCUUGACGAGAAACAAUUCAAAUGGCAAGGAGAAACCAGCACUCCAAGAGCUCAAUCGCACCAGCCCUAAUCCAAUGGAUGUAAGGGCAUUCUUCCAGUUACUUCGCGAGGAGGACCAAAAGGAAAUCCGGAAGCAUGAGACUCAAGCCCCACCAUUCUGA